UUCCCACAGCAGCAGCUAAAUCAGCAGCUAAAUCUCAAUCUAUAUAAAAAUAUAUAUACCAAGGAAUUAAACCUAGAAAAUUCAACAUGAACUUCUACAAGAUCUUCGUCUUUGUCGCCCUCAUCCUGGCCAUCAGCAUUGGACAGUCUGAAGCCGGUUGGCUGAAGAAACUGGGCAAGAGAAUCGAGCGCAUUGGCCAGCACACCCGGGAUGCCACCAUUCAAGGACUGGGGAUUGCGCAACAGGCCGCCAAUGUGGCAGCCACCGCCAGAGGAUGAGCCUUUAGUGUCCAUCAAAGGACUCUCCCAGGAUAACGCGCUUAAUUAUACACACAUAUUUAUUUGCCAGCCAUAGAAAUAAACUAGCUUACAUCCCCGUAAUUUA